AUGGCGCCUCACGAGCCUAUCCCCGGUGCAUUUAUCGUUGCUGCAGUGGCGGAAAUCUUUUUUCGAGAAAGGGUGCCCUAUAUUUUCUCGGGAUGGAUGCUGAUGAGUUUAAUCGGGCGACGAUACGCUUUCCCAAUGCCUGAUUUUGUUAUACCCGACAAACUCAUCGACAAAGCAAUUGCAAUACUUAGCCAUCGUGGCUACUCGCCCUGCCCCAACCCUACCUGCCUAGAGUUUACGGGCAAUCGACAACGGAACUGUAAGCACUUUUGGAACCAGUUUCAUCCGGUUGGGAAAGCGCAUUUCCACCUGGAGGGGGACGUCCUUCUAACCAUCCUUCCGAAAUCCGAGAUCUUCCCUUGGAUCCCCGACUACACGCCUGGGCCACCCACUAUUGAUGAUCCGCAUCUGACGGUCACCAGUGAUAUGAGGCUAGCCCCUGCGACUGACUUUGGGGCCACAGGACCCUGGACAGAGCUGUUCCCAAUCCAAAUGCCGAAUCCAAAUACUUUCAGAGAGGCUAUACUCUACCUAAUGGCUCUCCACGAGCCAGGCCCGAGCCCCAGCACCCCCAAACUUCGGUUCAAAUUCUACCCAUGGCUGCAUAUGAAAGAGGCACUGAUGCCGUCCCCGGAUUUGCGCCUCGACGAUGAUCCUCCAAUCCUGUCUCUCGGGCGGCCUGCAAAGCUGAGUGAGAUUCACGCGCCUGAACGUGAGUAUGAGAGGACAGUGCUUCAACCAAAGUAUCGCCCUGUUUGGGAGUAUUUAAGCGGGCACCGCCCACCAAACCAUCAUCCGCACCUUCCACUACUUCGACUUCGCGAGAAAAUGAUUGAGACUGGGGAGCUUCCGCACGAUCUGCCCAAGUAUGAUCUCAAGGCUUACAAACCGUUGCAGCAGGUAACGUACUAUAGGUUGGACCAAGUCCCUACCAGAAAGCCCUAA